AUUCCCCAGAAUCCCCGGUCCUGGAAGUUCGGCCCAGAGGCCGCCGGCCUACUCGACUGAAAAAGCCAGAGGAUUUAAGGCGGUUGAUGACUGUCCAGCUGUUACUACUCCUCUCUCGGGCUGUGAAAAAGGACAAAUGAGAAGAUGAAGCCGACGUCCCCCGGGAGACGAUCCACCCCUUCCGCCAUCAGCCGGGCCCUCGGCAAGUCCAGGACCCUGACCCGGGAGCCCCCGCCCUCUCCAACCCUGCCCAGUGACGGCCCCACCCUGGGGGCCCUCUGCGCCCCGGGCUCCGUCUUCAUCAUGGAAGAGCGGGUCCAGCUGACCACUGGCUUGCAGACCCAGGAUCGCCACCUCUUCCUGUUCAGCGACACCCUCAUCGUCGCCAAAUCCAAAUCCUCCUCAAGCCUGAAGGUGAAGAAGCAGGUUGGCCUGAGUGAAGUGUGGACGGCCACCUGUCUCGGCGAGGUCUCUGAGAAGCGGGCCAGUGCUGACCACUCCUUUGUCCUCGGCUGGCCCACAGCCAACUGCGUAGUCACCUUCAGCUCGUCCGAGGCGAAGGAGCGUUGGCUUUCCGCCUUGCUGUGGCAGAGCAAGGAGCUGAAGGAGAAGGAAGAGCCACAGAGCUUGCCCCUCCAAAUCCUGAUGCUGGAGUCUGACCACAGAGUCUCAACCACCACAGUGACCGUAUCCAACACAGAGACAGCUACCGAGGUUAUAAAAAUGGCCGCUCGCCAGCUGGACUUCCCUGGGAGAGCUGAUGACUUGCACCUCUGGGUAAUCUCAGGGAAGGAAGACGUGGCUUAUCCCCUCAUCGGACACGAGCACCCCUUCAGCAUCGCCCUGAAUUCGCUGCGGGAUGCGGCCGACCGGCCCCCCGGUGCCAAUGGCGGUGCCACCCAGCCCAGUACCAACUCCCCCCUGGACCAGCUCGCCAAGGGCCCACCGUGCCGGUUCAUCCUGAAGCCCAGAACCCAGGGCCCUCCGCAGCUGCAGAGAGCAGAACCUUUGCAGAAGCUCCUUCGGAGGAAAAAGUCUUUGAUGGACUGGGCCCUGAGGAAGAGCCUGCCUUCGCCCUCAGCCAGCCCGGCCACUGGCUCGCCCACCACGCCCCACAAGCUCUUCGGCCUGUCGCUGACGUCCAUCUGCCCAAACGGAGCCCUGCCCAAGCCUAUACUGGACUUGCUAUUGCUGCUGUACCAGCGGGGGCCCUCCACGCAGGGAAUCUUCCGCCGCUCUGCCAACGCCAAAUCCUGCAAGGAGCUGAAGGAGAAACUCAACUCGGGUGUCCGCAUCCCACUGGGCGCUGAGUCCGUCCUACUGGCCGCGGCCCUCGUCACCGAUUUUCUGCGAAAUAUACCUGACAGUGUUCUAUCCUCAGACAUGCACGGGCUAUGGAUGGAGGCGGUGGACACUGAAAACCGAGGGAGUAAGAUCAAAGCAAUCAAAAGGCUGGUGGGCAAGCUCCCGGAAGCCAAUCGCCUGCUGCUACGGCUCCUCUUCACGGUCCUGCGCCGCAUCGAGGCCAACGCCGGCGAGAACCAGAUGAACGCUCUCAACCUGGCUCUCUGUAUUGCCCCCAACAUGCUGUGGCCCCCCAGCCCGGCCUGCCCGCGGGAGGAGAGCAAAUCCACCGGCAAGGUGGCCCUUCUGGUGCAGCUGCUGAUUGAAAAUGCGGUGGAGAUCUUCGGGGAUGAUGGCACGUCUCUGUUCCAGCGGGCCGCCGAGGAGCGCUCUGCCAGCCUGGACCACGUACUGGCCCCGAGCCGGUGGGACUCGGAGGAAGAGCGGGAGCAGACUGCCAACCCGGGGGAGCUCAGCACCCCGGGCUCCCUGCCGCAGGGAGAGCAGGAAGACUGGGGUCCGUUUGGCAAGCUGACCACCUGCUACGGGCGGGAGGCCAGGCCUUCGGCUGGGGGCGAGGGGGCCGCCAGGAGCUGGCUGCGCCCGGCCUGGGACCGCUGCGCGUCCGAACCUAGCGUGCGGCCGCCCGCCGCCACGCGGGAGCCCGUGGCCCGCCAGUCCAGCUGCGACGAUGCCCUCCUCCGCAGCCCCGGGGACCCCGUGCAGCGGCUAAAGCUGCUGCAGCUCGAGAGCCAGAAGCUCCUGGGGCUGGGCCUGGGUCCCACAGGCCAAAGACCCCCUCCCCCGGGCCCCCAGGGGAAGCCCCCGCUGCCCCAAACGCCGCCACCGCCCACUAGUCUCUCCAGCCUCUCCAGCCUGUCGUCGUCGUCCUCUUCCGCCACCACCCCGUCGCCGACUGGCUCGUCGCCAACCUCCCUGGACAGUGCCUUCUCCUGCUGCUCUGAGCCGUCCUGCGCCGGCCCCCCCGAACACUUGACGCUGCCCUUCCUGUUUGGCACCUCCGCCCGGCUCCGGGCCUUCUCCCCGCAGGCCACGCGGCGCAGCCGGCUGGAUCAACGGGAGCCCCCCGCCUCCCCCCAGCCCUGUCCACCUGAGGGGCCGGACCACCGGGGCAGAGACUCGGGGGGCCGCAACGCUGAGGUGGGGCCUACAGCGGCCCCAGAGCCCCAGCUCCACGGCAACUGGGAAGACAGGGAGAGGGUGGGCCGGGCUUCCUGGGCCCGAAGCCCCCUGGCCCGGCCGGAAAGCCCCCGUCCAUCCUCCCCGGGAGCUCCGGGGGGUGGGGGUGAGCCUCUCCGUGAGGCCCCGGCCCAGCGCCCAGGUAAGCACACCCGUACCAAGAUCACCUUCUACCUAGCCCCAGGGGGCUCAGAGGCCGAGGGCGGGGGUCCAGGUGCCAAAUCGUCGAUGCUGAGGGUCCCAAUCCCCCAAACUGUGUUCUAUGGGCAGAACACCCCCCUGGUGCUCCAGUCUGGGGCACGCAGGCAGCGGCCCCAGCCCGAGGCCCCUGCCCCCUCGGGUGUGCCCCCGAGCCUGGACGGGGAGCCCCCCGCCUCCGUCCACCACACCAUUCGCAUCGUCCUGCCCGCCUCCAUCUGUGGUACCGUGCGGGGCUACUUCCGAAGCGCCGGCCCCACAGGCUGCUGGGGGGACGAUGCAGCCCGGGCCGUGGAGGGGGAGCUGCUGAGGAGCCGAGCCGAGUGGCAGCAGGGGGCCCAGGGGGCCGGGGGGCACCCCAAGGAGGAGCCCACCCCAGGCCCCUGUCCGGAGUCCUUUGUGUAGGAGGCUGGGGUGGGGGGGCGGAGAAGAUCAGCCCCAGAUGGUCAUCCCAGGGCCCCCCGGGCCUUCACUUGGCCCUGAGAUGGGGACGGGGAAAGCCAAAUCCAAGGAUGAGGAGGCAGCGGUCCUGUCUAGGGCCUCCUGGGAAGGAUGUGCACGUAGCUGAGGGAACUGGGAAAGGGAAAGGUCAGGGAGGGGUCAGCGGGAUCUUCGGCCCGCUCCAUCCCUGGGGCUCGGUGGCUGCAGAAGGCCAGAGGCCCGGAGAAGCAGAG